CCAUCUCUCUCCCUAGCAAAACAUUGAAGAAGAACCCCACUAAAACCCUUGGUCUGCUUCUCUCUCUGCGUCAUGGGUGCCUCUGUCAAACAAGAAACCAUUGAUCUGCCGGACAAGAAACAUAGCCCGGAAAUAAUUUCAUUAAGCAGUAGCAGCAGCGAGUUCUCGGAUUCCAGUUUCUAUGACUCCGAAUCCGACGUCGAACUUAACCCGAAGAAGAAGCAAAGGGUGGAAGCUGUUUUGCCGGCUGGGUUUCUCGACCCGAUCAAACCGGUGGCUUCUCAAAGAUCCACCGUCGCCAGCAUGAAUGGGACUACUGCCCCGAACAAUGUUGCUCUUGCGGUGAAAGAAGAGAGAAUUGAGAAGGGGAGCGAUGUUUCGAAGGAUGUCGUUCGUGUGGAAAACGGGAAAGAGAAAGCGGUUACUUCGGUGGCUCCGGUGCGGGGUUGCAAACAGUUCUGGAAAGCCGGGGACUAUGAGGGCUGCCGCGACGCCGGCGGAGAGGUUUCCCUUGCGGACAUGGAUCAUAUCAGGGUUCAUCCUAAAUUCCUGCAUUCAAAUGCUACCAGCCAUAAAUGGGCUCUGGGAGGUGAAUAA